AAAAGCAAAUCAAAUUAUUCCUAGUUAUCAGUUCAUAAAUACCUAUAUUUAAAUUAUUUUUCCAAUUAUGUUGUCUUCCUAAACCACAUUCACGUUUUCUUAUGGUCCAUUGUCUUCAGAAGCCACCGCACUGUCUUGGAGCAAUGGGCGUGUUUUGUCGUGACGUACGAGUAAUGGGCGUGUUAUGCCAAGUGGCUGCAGCUGCAGACAAACCCACUUGUCUUUUUAUUCGGGCCGAGCCUCGAGGUGCAGAAGAGGAGCAACAUGUUCGCCGUGCAGCUGCUGCGAGUGUCGGUACAUGAGCGGAUCAGCGCCGCCGCCGAAGACUUUCUACUGCAGGCGGAGGAAGGAGAAGAAGCGGCUCGAGUCCCGGCGCUGAGAGCGCUGCUCACCGAGCGGCUAACGGCGGCGGCGGAGGAGAUCGUCGGUCUGUUGGAGGAAACCGUGGCGGAGUACGAAGACCGAGUGGAGCGGUCCGAGCGGGAGAUCUGCCGCCAGAGGAGGCUGCUCGACGCCGUGUUGAAGCCCGAAGUCAGGCUGCACCGAGCGGAUCUCCAGCAGCUGUCGAUGAUUAGAGAAGAGGUUCCCCCUGAGCAGCAGCAGUGGAGCCCCAGUGUGAAGCAGGAGGAGCCAGAACCCCCGCACAUUAAAGAGGAACAGGAGGGACCAUGGAGCAUUCAGGAGGGAGAGCAGUUUCAAGUGCUGGAGGAGGCUGAUAUCAUCAAGUUCACUGUGAAGAGUGAAGAAGAUGAAGAGAAACUUCAGGCCUCACAGCUUCAUCAGAUUCAUACUGAGGAGAACAGAGAGGACUGUGAAGGACCAGAACCGGGUGGUUUGAGAUGUAACACUGACAAGAAACAAUUCAAUUGCUUUGAGUGUGGUAAAAUAUUAAGGAGGAAGUCACACCUGGUGAGGCAUAUGAUGAUUCAUACAGGAGAAAAACCAUUUAGUUGCUCUGAGUGUGGACAGAGAUUUAGGCAAAAGUCCGACCUGGUGAAACAUAUGAGGAUUCACACAAGAGAGAAACAAUAUUGUUGCACUGAGUGUGGACACAGAACUAGGCAAAAGUCCGACCUGGUGAAACAUAUGAGGAUUCAUACAAGAGAGAAAAAAUAUAGUUGCUCUGAAUGUGGACACAGAUUUUGGCAAAAAUCAGACCUGCUGGUACAUAUGAGGAUUCAUAAAAUAGAGAAACAAUAUAGUUGCUCCAAGUGUGGUAAAGGAUUUAUGCAAAAAUCAUACCUGCUGGUACAUAUGAGGAUUCAUACAGGAGAGAAACCAUUUAUUUGCUCUGAGUGUGGUAAAGGAUUUAGGCAAAAGUCACACCUGGUGAAACAUAUGAGGAUUCAUUCAAGAGAUAAACCAUUUAGUUGCUCUGAGUGUAGUAAAAGAUUUAGGACGAAGUCAGACCAACUUAAACAUAUUAGGAUCCAUACAAGAGAGAAACAGCAUAUUUGCUCUGAAUGUGGACACAGAUUUUGGCAGGACUCAGACCUGCUGGCACAUAUGAAGAUUCAUACAAGAGAGAAACAACAUAUUUGUUCUGAAUGUGGACACAUAUUUUGGCAAAAAUCAGACCUGCUGGUACAUAUGAGGAUUCAUACAGGAGAGAAACCAUUUAUUUGCUCUGAGUGUGGUAAAGGAUUUAGGCAAAAGUCACACCUGGUGAAACAUAUGAGGAUUCAUACAGGAGAAAAAACAUUUAUUUGCUGAGUUUGGGGUGGGAAAAUUGUUCGUCAGGAAAUUAAAACAUAACACAUAUAAGAAUAAAUGAUUUAGUGGCAUAUUCUGCAGCUAAUUUGAGUCAAAGUGAGGAGAACAGAGCUGCACUAAAACUGUUGUCCGAUAGGUAAUUCUGCAGGUACAAGCUGUGACAACCUGGAUUCCACAGGCUUCACCCAGUAUACAACCCUAUGUCUAAGAAAUUCAAGCCGAUUGGUCAUCAGCUCACUUCACUAUUCAAACAUUAAAACAAAUGCCAGUCAAACGACAGCAUGUAUGGCCCAUUUAUGCCCAUAAAUGGGCCUGCAACGCAAAUAUCCACAUUUUUUGCACCGUUCUGGUUGAAUCGCACCAGGGCCAGCUUGGACUCCAACCAUGAGUGCAAGAGAACACAGAAGGCGAGCAAUCCGGGCAAGAGGGGGUGGAGACCUACACUGAUCUCAUGCGCGGCUUCUCUGGAAUCUAAUUGACGGAAAUCGUUGCGACUAAGAACUUUAAUUCCUGAGAGGACACACUGCAGAGAGUAGUUGACGCGACCACAGCAGUUUACUAAUCACUACCCGCCUCUUCCCCCUCCCACACACAUUGGCCUACACUGGCGGACUCGCUCCUUCGUUUUUAUUUUUUUAAACAAAUCUGAACAUCUGCAGGUCGCACCCAUGGAGUAGUUGUAAAAAAGAAACUACUCGCCCUAUCUCACAAAUGGUCGCAAAAUGAUGGUUGUUUACAAUAUCUUUACUCCAAGUCCAAACACUCCACUCUGCAGUUCAGUGUUCAGGGUUGUGACUGACUGCAAUCUUAAAUGCCAGGGGAGAGACCAGGCUGGCUCCCCUGAGAAACAAAAGUCAUCCUGUCACAGCGUGUUAGACAUUUUAGAUUUAGAUGGGCUGUUCAGUAGAAAAUGGAGUCCCUCAAGUGACCUGCAGACAAAUGACAGGUUCACAGCAUCACCAUGGUUUCAUGGUUCUUACCUUUGUAGAGAGAGACUGUUAAAGUGAGUAAAAGGUUAAAUGAUUAGUUUAAUCAUUUUAAUAAGAAAAUAUGUAAAGUCUUAAGUUGUUAUGGGCAAUGCUUCUUGUUGUGUCAGGUGACACAACAAGUGGUACUGAACGUAGCUUCAGUACCAUUCCGUAUCAGUCGCUGUGAAAUUGUGGUUUGAAUCUUCUAUUAAUCAAUAUAUUCGUAUUAAUCUUAAAGUCAAA